GUGCUCCUCAAGCAGGAUCAAAGGAGCCAAAUUCUCUAUCUAAUGCCCCUGUAAGUGAUACACCAGCACAGAUCAUUUCGGCAAAGGACAUGUCAGCACCAGGAGCAUCUAUUGGAAAGAAACAAGAAGCAGGAGCACCUACUGGAAUGGAAAUGGGACUGGCACCAGUAGACCCUACUGAAAAGGAAACAGCACCAGUAGACACGGUUGAAGAGAAACCAACACCAGCACCAGGAGACCCUGCUGAAAAGGGAAUGGCACCAGUACCAACUGCUGAAAAGGGAAUGGCACCAGUACCAACUGCUGAAAAGGGAAUGGCACCAGUACCAACUGCUGAAAAGGGAAUGGCACCAGUACACCCUACUGAAAAGGAAACGGCACCAGUAGACACUGCUGAAAAGGAAACCCAUGGCACACGUGAUGAGGCAGUGAGCAGUCACUUCUUUGCUUAUCUUGUGUGUACAGCUGUGUUGGUGGCAGUGCUCUACAUUAGCUACCACAACAAGCGAAAGGUACUUGGUUAAUAUCGAUUUACACAUUACAGCUUUUGAUUCUUCGCCAUAAUCUGGGUCAUAAUAAGCGUCUUUGAGAUUCUCUUUGUGAUUCUCUAUGUAAUGAAAAGCACUAUAUAAAAUACAUGUAUUAUUAUACUGAACAAAAAUAUAAACGCAACCUGUAAAGUGUUGGUCCCAUGUUUCAUUAGCUGAAAUAAAAUAUCCAAGGCAUUUUCCAAACGCACAAAAAGCAUAUUUCUCUCUAAUUUUGUGCACAAAUUUGUUUACAUCCCUGUUAGUGAGCAUUUCUCCUUUGCCAAGGUAAUCGAUCCACCUGACAAGGUUUGGCAUAUCAACAAGCUGAUUAAACAGCAUGAUCAUUACACAGGUGCAUCUUGCGCUGGGGACAAAAGGCCACUCUAAAAUGUGCAGUUUUGUCACAACACAAUGCCAAAGAUUUUGUGGGAGUGCGCAAUUGGCAUGCUGACUGCAGGAAUGUCCACCAGAGCUGUUGCCAGAGAAUUGAAUGUUAAUUUCUCUACCAUAAGCCGCCUCUGCCGUUUUAGAGAAUUUGGCAGUACGUCCAAUCGGCCUCACAACCGCAGACCACGUGUAACCACGCCAGCCCAGGACCUCAACAUCCAGCUUUUUCACCUGCAGGAUCAUCUAAGACCAGCCACCCGGACAGCUGAUAAAACUGAGAAGUAUUUAUGUCUGUAAUAAUGCCCUUUUGUGGGGAAAAACUCAUUCUGAUUGGCUGGGCCUGGCUCCCCAGUGGGUGGGCCUAUGGCUGCGCCCCUGCCCAGUCAUGUGAAAUCCAUAGAUUAGGGCCUAAUCAAUGUAUUUCGAUUGACUGAUUUCCUUAUAUGAACUGUAACGCAGUAAAAUCGUUGAAAUGUUUACGUGUUGCGUUUAUAUUUUUGUUCAGUAUAUGAAUUAGUCCAUAAAAAGAUACCUCCAAAACAAGCACAUCCAAGACAGUAGUGAUAUUAAUGUGUUAGCUAAAAACAUGUAAGAGAACAGUCAAUGAAACAAGUUGUGACACAGGCCUAUUAUUGUUUGUUUUUGUCAGAUCAUUGCCUAUUGCGUGGAGGGAAAGAGGUCGAGAUCGGGACGUCGGCCCAAAGGCGCAGAGUACACCAAGCUGGAACAG